AGAAGAAGAAGAAGAAGAAGUCAGCCACAAAAGGCUGCAGCUGCUUCGUCUGCUGCGGGUGUGUCGGGUCCGGGUUCGUCUGGUGGCCCGGGUCCGCCUGGUGGCCCGGGUCCGCAACAGCAGCCGCAACCACCAGCACAGCUGGUGGGGUCUGCCCAGAGCGUUUUGCAGCAACAGCAACAGGACUUCGAUCCGGUGCAGCGUUAUAAGAUGCUCAUCCCGCAGUUGAAGGAGAGUCUACAGACCUUGAUGAAGGUUCCAGCCCAGAACUUGAUUCAGAACACUAACAUUGACAACGGACAAAAGAGCAGUGAUGGACCCAUACAGCGCUUCGACAAGUGUCUGGAGGAGUUCUACGCACUCUGUGACCAGUUGGAGCCCUGCCUGCGCCUGGCCCAUGAGUGCCUGUCCCAGAGUUGCGACAGCGCCAAGCACUCUCCAACUCUGGUGCCCACGGCCACCAAACCGGACGCCGUGCAGCCGGACAGCCUGCCCUACCCACAGUACCUGGCGGUCAUCAAAGCCCAGAUUGCCUGUGCCAAGGACAUUCACACUGCUCUCCUGGACUGCGCCAACAAGGUCACGGGCAAGACGCCUGCACCACCUACAGGCCCUGGGGGCACCCUGUGAGCUGGCAGGGCUGGGAGUGGGCAGGCUGCUCGGGAAGGGGGCGGGGAGGGAAUGAAGAGUGACCUCAAAGCAAA